UGAUAAAUGGAAUAAACAUUUAUUCAGGCCAAUUUCUGAUUCUGCCUCUCCUCACAGUGUUCAUUUUGAUGUUUCUGCCAUUCAUUUAUUCAUUCAAUAUUUAUUGGGAAGAGUUAUCAAGCACCAUGAUAAGUGGUGGAAAAUAAUGAUUCUGACACCUGAAUGGUGUUUUACAAUGUACAGAUCAUUUUCACAUAUAUUAAAUCCAUUCAAUCUUCAGAGUCACUUCAUUUCCCCACAGUUCUUCCUCCUGUUUUAACUUCGUAUUUCUCUUCAUGUUCCUCAUUCCUUUCCUUAAGUCUUUGCUGUGCAGAAUACAGUAGUCUCCCUUCAUACCAAGGGUAUAUAUUCUAAGACCCCCAGUGGGUUGCUGAAACCGUGGGUAGUACUGAACCUAUUGCUGUCCAUUGGAACAUGUUUCUGUUCACAUCUUUCACCCGCAAGUUUAAUGCCUUUUCCAUUUUAACUACACACUUAUGCACUCUGGGCCAUACAUUUUGUGUUUUGAGGUGUGACAGCAAAACUCGCACAAAUUUCUUUUUCUUUCAUAAUUUCACAGUGUCUACGUUCUUAUCAUAAAUCUUAGCAACCUUGGCAUGUGAUUUUGUUUUUCUUAUUAAAUUGAGAACUUCUACCUUUUCACUUAAAGGAAACAUUUUAUGGCUUCUCUUUGGCAUAUCUAAAUUGCCAGCAUCACUACUCUUGUAUUUUGUGGCCAUUUCUUAAGUAAACUGAGUGUUACUUGAACACAGCACUGUGUCAGGGUGAUACUAAGACAGUUGAUCUGAUAGCUGAGACGGCUGGGGAGUGUAGAAGUGUGGAUACCCUGGACAAAGGGAGGAUUCAUGUUCAGGGCUAGACAAAACAGGACACUGGGGGAUUUUAUCACGCUACUCUGAAUGGUGUACAAUUUUGAAUUUAUGAAUUAGUUAUUUUUGGAACUUUCCAUGUAAUAUUUUCAAACCAAAGCUGACCAAGGGUAACUGAAAUCAUGGUAAUGGAAACUUUGGACAAGAGGAAUUACUGUGGGGAGUGGGAGGGGAAGCUGGUUCGAAAAGAAGGCAGUAGGUGGGGAGAAGAUGGAAAUGAGAUGAGAAUAUAGGUCAAGAGAUGUCAGUAUCCUCCACUUUAGGAUCAAAGGACAGGUUACUUGCAGGCACACUGUCUCUUAUUCAGGAAAGUACAAAGACAGACUUGAAAAGGAGUGAUGACCAUCAAUGCAUCCAUUGUCAGAAACUGGGUUGAGACUAAACAUGGGGCUAGUGGGUUUCCAAAUCCUCCCCUAACCCCUUGCGAUUAAGCAUAUUUAACACACUGGAGAUGCUAAAGAGUUAUGACUCUUUUCUCAUAAGAAGUCCCCCAAGUCCCAGCAUCAGUUUCCCAAUGGUAUUUCCUUAAUUCUGUGAUACCAACCAAUAGGCAAGAAACAGAACACACAAAAUUAACUAGAAAAACAUUCCUUCUGUUUCAAAUCACCUGUUUCAUUCAUUAUUAUGUCUCUCAUGCACUACCUGGCUUCUAUAAGGAAACACCAAUGGCUUUUCUGCAGUAGACUAGCUGAUGAUAAUAUGUAGCUAGCAGUGCAUAACACACAGUAUCACUCACAUUUGAGUUUGUACUGAUCAUCUCAAGAGUACUUUGAAGAUUCACAGGAUACAAGUAGAUGACACAACACAUAAACUUUUACUGUGAGCUCACUCAUAACCCAGCCCCUUUAACUUGUUUGGCUAUGUGCCUGAAAUGCUCUUCCUCCAAAACUUCCCAUGGCUGUCAAUGUCACUUUCACAGAGAUGCCUUCUGCAGUUAUUCUAUAUAAAGUAGUAUCCCACACUCAGUGCCUCUAUCGCAUCUUAUAAUUUUAUUUUCUUUGUGGCAUUUAUCACCACCUGAAAUAGGCUUACUUAUCUUUAUACUGUAUUUAUUUGUCUCCCUCACAGGAUUGUAAGCUCCUAGAGGGCAGUGAUUAUUUUUUAACAUGCAGCCUGGAACACAGUAGUAGGCCCUGAAUAAACAGUGGUUGAAUGCUUGGGUGAGCAACAGAUAUUUAUCAAAUGCCUGUAAUAUACCAACUCUGUUCUAGGCAGUGGGGGUGUAGCAAUGAAUCAAGCACAAAAACCUCUGAACUCUUGGAGUUUAUAUUCUAAUGUAGGAAAACAGUCAACAAAUAAGGCAGGGAAAGGGAAGCUGCAGUGAGGCUGUGCUGUAUUAAGAAGUGGAAUAAAGAAAAGUUCUUGCUGUGCAGACAUAAAGAAGCCGAGAAGGGAGGGAACCGAACAAGGUGAGGAAGACAGGAGGGAGGAGAAAUGAAAAAGGAAGUGCAGAGGCCCUGAGAAAACAGGAAAAGGGCUGUGUGGCUAAAGCCAGUGAGCUCCUGGGGGCAGGGCAGGAGAGGGGUCAGAGAGGUGCUGGUGGUACAUCUCCAAACAUGUAGAGUCUUGUAAGCCACUGAGGGAACUUUGGAUUUUGCUUUUUCUGAGAUAGGAACCCACUGACUGGCUCUGUGCAGAGUGACACACCUGCCUUGGAUUAUCAACAGGGUCCUUGUUUUUGUUCUGGUGAUAAAAGACUGUAGGAGCAGAAGUAGAAGCAGUUAGGAGACCAAUCCAAUAAUCCAGGCAAGAAUUGAUGGUGGCUUGGUCCAGGGUGGUGACAGGGAGAUGGUGAAAUACAUUAAUAGUCUGGAAAGAUUGUUAACGUUGAGCCGUCAGGAUUUGCUGAUUCAAUGAGCAAUGUAAUUAUAUAAAAAUACGUGCAGAACUGAUACAAAGAAGGCUUUUCUUGGAUUUGUACGAAAGAGACUGGUUUUCAGGUCCGUGACACUAAUAUAACACCUAGUAGCACAACCACCUAGAAAUCCUGCACUGGGUCUUGGGAGUUUUGUGUCAUCUAUUAUUUAUUCCAAAGAACAGAACAACAACAACAAAAAAGAGUGGUGAAAUACAUUCAGUAUCAAAAUCUGUACUUGCAAUUAAGAGAACUGGUUUGGGGGUUGAUCUCAUUUCAGCACACUGACAUGAGUGUGAUAACUGUUUGGCAGACAUAAGCAUUUCAAAAUGAAAAUGGCAUUUAUCCGUGAGGAAAUGGUGCAGCUCAUUGGGUAGUUACACAGAAGGAUAAACAUUAUCAAGAACAAAAAUCUUGCCUGAUUUAUCCUGAUGUGCAGGGUCUGUACUUCAAACUGAUGUGAUAACUCCGCAGCCCUCUGACCCUUUACUUAUUGGGCGGCACUGAAAGCGCCUUUGAGAUUAUUCGCCUUUGCAUUCCUCAUUCCCUGGUGCCCUGCAAACAAUAGCAAGUACCCAACAAACAUUCAUUGACCCAGUCAUUUCUUGAUACCCUCCUCUGCACUCUGUCUUUUUGCAGCAUUCAGGAGCUCUUUUUAUACCCAAAUAAGUGAUCAGACAAUCACUCAUAAAUGUUAUAUUUCAGAACGUGCUUGGCGCAGUGCAGACCGUGUGUAGGGAGCCAUCCAGAGACCCCACCCACCUGGGAAGCCUGGAAAAGCUUCCAAGGGGAGGAGGCGUCCUGUGGGCUGCAGUCCGAAGGGGUAAAUGCAAAUGUGCAGGCAGCAGGAGUUGAGAGAGGGGAUCCAGACAAGGGCCUUCAGAUAUAUAAAUAUCCCUCUUUGAGAUUGACGGGAACCUGGAGAGGGCCGAAGAGUGACCAAGGCAUGCCAGAGAGAAGGGGUUCCUGAACUUCUGGGAGGAUAAACACACAGGGACCAAAGGUGGUUUUAAAAAUUAUGUUAGCUCUGCAACUGUUGUGAGUUUUCUAGUGCGAUUCAACGAAGACUGAGUGGAACCCGGGGAUUGAGGGUUCCGGGGUCUUACCCCUCCACUUCAGUCUGGCCUCGAACACCUUGCAAGAAGAGGGCAUUGCAAUUAAGAGCUGGUUUGGAGCUUCAUCUCAUUUUGUCUCUGCACCUAGAAAAUAAACGAUCAUAAAGCCUCCUACUGCGGGACAAUAAGGUGUGCUUUUUGUUUCUAGGUUUUCUUCUUUUUUUUCCCAAGCUGGCUGCAAGGCAACUUGAACAAAAUCUGGCUGCGCUUCGACUGGGGCGGCCCUUUUGUCUCUCCAGGUUUUUCCGCGUCUCUCUACUUUCAGUGACUCGACGGCAGGCCGCAGCUGCACUGCAGGAAGCGGCCAGUUCAGCAGGCUGCGGGCCGGAGGCGGCCACGCAUUUCCACUCCCCGGGCGGGAGGCGCCUGUAAGUUCAUGCUGUCCUUCCAGAGUCCCCGGGUGCCGGCUGGGGACAGAGGGGAGGGGCGCAGUGACUGUCCCUCUAAGGAGCUGUCUUCCGAAGCAGCCUAAUCCCGGGCGGGUCCUUUUGGAAGAGGUAGAAAGUUGGGCGGGACCACGGGGCGGGACUGGUAGGUCGGGGGAGGGUGGGAGUCCGGGCACCCCCAGCGCUCACAAGCCGGGGUGGAGCCAGCAGCCUCGCGUGGCGUCCGCGUUUAAAAUGCAAAUCGAGUCCCCGCUCCCCCCCACCCCACACGCCCGGCGAGCUAGGCUCCGCCACUCCGCCGCCGCCCACGCCUCCUGCGCGCCACGGCGCCCGAGCGGGCGGCUCUACUUAAGCAGCGCGCGGGCCGUGACCCGGCACUCGCCUGUAGCGCGCGGGCAAGGCGGGCGGAGCACUUUGGAGCUCACGGGGCGCACAGCUGCAGGCUAGCACUGCUCCGCUCCUCGCGGCUUUCGGAGGUGGUGGCGACGGCGGCAAGGCGCAGGGCUGAGCGAGAGUCCGGGCUCCAGGGCUCCGGGCCAGGUGCCUGCAGCUCCUGAGUGCGACGCGGCUCCCCGCCACUGUCCCGGCCCAGCCACCUCUGUCAUGGCUCUGGCGGACAGCACACGUGGAUUACCCAACGGGGGCGGCGGCGGUGGUGGUGGCGGGGGCGGCAGCGGCUCCUCGUCCUCCUCCGCGGAGCCGCCGCUCUUCCCCGACAUCGUGGAGCUGAACGUGGGGGGCCAGGUGUACGUGACCCGGCGCUGCACGGUGGUGUCGGUGCCCGACUCCCUGCUCUGGCGCAUGUUCACGCAGCAGCAGCCGCAGGAGCUGGCCCGGGACAGCAAAGGCCGCUUCUUUCUGGACCGAGACGGCUUCCUCUUCCGCUACAUCCUGGAUUACCUGCGGGAUUUGCAGCUCGUGCUGCCCGACUACUUCCCCGAGCGCAGCCGGCUGCAGCGCGAGGCCGAGUACUUCGAGCUGCCGGAGCUCGUGCGCCGCCUUGGGGCGCCCCAGCAGCCCGGCCCGGGGCCACCGCCUCCGCUCUCGCGGCGCGGGGUGCUCAAGGAGGGCUCGCUGGGUGACGAGCUGCUGCCGCUCGGCUGCGCGGAGCCCGAGCAGCAGGAGGGCGCCUCUGCAGGGGCGCCGUCGCCCACGCUGGAGCUGGCUAGCCGCAGUCCGUCCGGGGGCGCGGCGGGCCCGCUGCUCACGCCGUCCCAGUCGCUGGACGGCAGCCGGCGCUCGGGCUACAUCACCAUCGGCUACCGCGGCUCCUACACCAUCGGGCGGGACGCGCAGGCGGACGCCAAGUUCCGGCGAGUGGCGCGCAUCACCGUGUGCGGCAAGACGUCGCUGGCCAAGGAGGUGUUUGGGGACACCCUGAAUGAAAGCCGGGACCCUGACCGUCCCCCGGAGCGCUACACCUCGCGCUAUUACCUCAAGUUCAACUUCCUGGAGCAGGCCUUCGACAAGCUGUCCGAGUCGGGUUUCCACAUGGUGGCGUGCAGCUCCACGGGCACCUGCGCCUUUGCCAGCAGCACCGACCAGAGUGAGGACAAGAUCUGGACCAGCUACACCGAGUAUGUCUUCUGCAGGGAGUGAGCGCCCCAGACCCCCUCGCGACUCCAGCGCCCACUCCCCUUCAUGCCCGAGAGAUGAUCACAGAUCCUCUUGUCCCCUCCUUCUGUACCCUGGUUGCCCCCCUUCCAAUUCCCCCCCUCCAGUAGUAGCUGGGUGAGACCUGACCGCCCACCCUCCUUCCACUUCAGAACUUGCAGCCGCAAAUCCUCUCGGCUUCUUCGUUUUUUUUUUUUUUGGAUGUCCUGAACCGAGAGAACCCGGAGAAACCCCUACCCCACCCCCACCUCCCACUCUUUGCUUCCUUCUACUCCCUGCCUCAAACCACCCCUCCCCCAGAUGGUACCUCAGUCUGGAUCUGGUGGGGCAGUGUGGCCAGAGAGUCAUCAAGUACCUGGGAAUGACUGAAUUGUUCAGAACCUGAUUGGACCGUGUCCAGUGUGUGGAAGAUUCCUUGAAAUCUUCUCAAGCCCUUAUUGACUCCCUGGGGGUUUAAGAGAUCAGGAUUGGUUACAUUGAGGUUAGUGUUUUACAAGGUCAUUACACAGUCUUUUUGGCCUCUUUCGAAGGUAGAGUUUUAGAAGGCUGGAUGGAAGAUUCUGAACCUGAAAUUAGGACCCCGCGGAGGCAGUUCAGUAACUGUAAAUGAAUGAAGUUUUGAGAAGUUACACGUAAAGUAAAAGAAUCUAGUGCUGGCACAGUAAAGGAUCCUUUCUCGUACAGAAUAAAAGGUCUCCGCCUGUGGCUUAAACUUACAGAAAGUGAUCCUCCUGCCUGCAGAGGCGCCCUUUUCAAGCUACUGCUUGCCAGAACCCCUUGAUUCCACUGGCUGACAUGGCAGCAGCUAAUGGCAGGAGGGAGAAAGGAUGCCACUGAUUAAGAGUGCAAGGCUGCUCAGGUCUCCAAGCUCUGUAGGAGGUCACCUGACAAGUGCCCAGUGUAGGGAGCUGGGCAGUAAGUGCACGUCGGUCGUGGUGAUUAAGAAAGCCUGUAUUCUUGCAGUGAAUGCCAGUAGGACCUUCCUUUAGCUAUAAGACUUGGUGGGUGGGGUGGGGUGGGGAGGGAGGAAAGGGUAGGAAGGGUGGGACGGGAGAAGCAGACAUACUCAUUUAUGAUUUGAAAGUUGGAAGUUUGUACCAUCUGUUUGAGUACAUGCACAUUUUAAAAAUAUCAUAUAGUAAAUGCAAACACACCAAGCAUUUUAUAAAGAUUAAUAACAGACCUACUCUUAACUGGCAGUUUAUCGAACUUACUGUUUUGAGUCCUAAACUUAGAGUUGUUAAUGCUUAUGUAUAAUCUAACCAAAGACUUACCCAGUAGGGUUUUAGUUUUUGAACUUUUAUUUUCUUGUUGAUUAUAAAUCUUGAUUUUAAAAUGUUUACUUAAGCAAAAGAAGUUUCAUUUUGGUUACUUAGACCUAAGAUCACUUAUUAAAAGUCAUUCUUUUCUCCAAGCCCAGCAAACAUUGACUUCUGGGCAAACCUGAAAACCCGAAAAUGCCACUUUCAUGCAGUUUGUUUGAAGUUAAGCGGAAUCUUUUCAAAUGACAGAGCUGCAGAGAACUCAGCACCUAGGGCUGCCAAUCUGUAGAUAGCUGUAAAAUGGAAUAUUUUAAAAUGAAGGCAAAUAAGUACUUAAAAGUGAGCUGAGCAAUAAAAUGGCGUUUUAGGUCAAUGCAACAGAAACAGGAGGAGACCUGGUUGCCUUAUGCCUUUACUCUUACAUGGAAUAAAUUCCCAAUGCAUAUCCUAUGUACACCAUAAGUGAAGGGAAAUAAACCUCGUCAUGCUUCAUGCUGUGAGGUGUCCUUUGGAUAUUCUGUGAUGACAGAGAAGCCUAUUUUGUUUUGUUUUCAGCAUCUUUCUCUACUGUACAUUUUUAAGGAUUUUGUAAGAGCUGUUUUCAGUGUUGAAAUUAGUGCUAUUUUUCCUUGUUUUUAAAAAUGAAUCUCGUACUGUAUCUGACUAUGUCCAUAAACGUUACAAAUUGGAACAGUUUUAUUCCUAGACUCAUGUGAUCCAAGCUGUAUAUACCAUAUAUAAACAUUUUACACAAAUCAUUUAGUUUUUUAAUUCAUUUACUAAUCUAUAAAAUUUCUUAUAUUUACCCCAGUAACUUGUAUCAGCUGGUAUAUAUACUAAAGCAACAUGUUUUUGAUGAGUUUCUUAUAUCCAUAUCUAUGGAGAAAUUGGGUUAGGAAAAGAUGCAAUUGUAAAACUGAGUUUGCUCUUUACGUUUUUUCUUGAGUAUUAGUUGUAUUACUAAUCAUAUGUUGAUUAACUGUCUACUUAAAAUCAAGGUACCUGUAUUUUUAAUCCACUAAUUCUUGUUAGUUGGGAAAUAGAAAGAUUUUAAGUCUUUUAUUAGACUAACAUUUUUUGAGAAGUAAAGUUGACUUUAUUUACAAAGCCUAUAGUUUUAGGGGAAAUGGAAGCAGGAAUAUAGGAAGUUGUGUUUGGUUAUAUGUUGAGUUUGGUCUCAGACUAAGUCAUGCAUCAGAAUUUAUCUGUUUGAAGCCUGAAAUAAUUUAGGACUUUUUCACUGACCAAAAGUGAAUGUUACAGAGAUACCUCUACCCCGUAUGGCAUUUUGUUAGAUUGUUCAACAGGAAGCACAUGAUUGAGAACAUCUUGGGACAGAUCAAAACCACUGACAGUUGGCAAGACUCGGCGAUUCUGAUUUCCCUUCUCAAAUCUGCUCAACUCCAAGAGUCUUGAGAAACUGCUAAAAUUUUGUCUCUGUCACUCAAGUCUUGCGAAUGUUAUCUUGUAGAGCUUUGAGUUGAACUAUUCCACUGUCUUGUACAUAGGCAUCUUAUUCACUGCACCCUCUCACACCCAGCACUCCCUACGUUAUUUGAAAGACUGAAAAUUUAAUGGUUAGGAACAGUAAAUCUACUUUUUUACAGGGAUGAUUGUCCCCUCUAAAGUUAAAGUCAAUACAAGAAAACUGUCUAUUUUUAGCCGAAAGUAAAGGUUGUGAAGAAAAUUCAUUUUACAUUGGGUAGAAAGUAUAAUCAAGUAAAAUAACUUGACAUGAGCACCUUUAUUUAUUUAUUAAAAAAAUUUUUUUUUGAGAUGGAGUUUUGCUCUUGUUACCCAGGCUGGAGUACACCUUUAGAUUCCCUUCACCUCCAUGGGCUUUGGGCCACAGAAUGAACCUUUGAGUCCUGUAAAGUGGAUUAUAAUCCCCUAUAAACUUGAAUGGAGGUAUUGUGGGUUCAUUUGCGUAAGCCCUACAAAGCUACUAUUUAAAUAACCUGGAGUAUGUCAUAAAUUAUUCAGAUAAUUAUCACUGAUGAAUCUGACUCAGAGGCAUGCAUUUACAUAUGUUGCCCUAAUUACUAUUUGAUGGUCAUAGAUACAAGUGAAUGACAUUAGACUUUUAGUAACAAAAAUUUUUGAAAAUCAGUAGACAAUGGUGGUUAAAGAAAAAAAAACAGGUACCAUGUUCUAUGUGUUUGCACUAAGUAAUUGACAUGCUUGUUUUUUAAUACAUGUGGACAAUGAACAGUAUUCAUUCUAAUUUUUCAAAUGAUAUGCUAUAGAAAAUAUUCCUUGAAGAUGUGAGAUUUGAAGUUUUUUUCCCUUUCAAUGUUGUUUUUAUUGUAUUUCUUAUUUUUUUGAUUGAUAAACCAGUGAUAAAUUAUAAUACUAGACAAAAUUGUCUUCUCUUUCAAACCAGAGCCAUAUAUAUGUGUGUGUGUAUAUGGGGCUUGCUGCUUCUCUGAGGAAAUGCAUAAUCUGUGAAUACUCAGACAAAAUGAACAAUUGGCAGUGUUCAUAAUAUAUUCCAAUUUUUAUUGGAAUUUUCCAUGGAAAGUUAUUAUUUCAGUAAAGCCAUGUAAGAUGAAACUUUGAUAACUUGUUACUCUUCAAGUUAGGGGAAAUUCUGAUCCAAUAUUCAAAUAAUUUGUGUACUCCCACAUGUAAAAUGCUAAACGACAAUGCAGACAUUAAGAAAAGUAUUGACUGCAGGAGUUGAAUUUUGUGAGAAUUUCUUUUAUAGUAUAAAUCACAAUACUCAAUUUAGUUUUUAAAAUAGUAAACUGAAUAUUUUUGUGGUAAACAUAUCAGAGUCAGUUCUUUGUUUGGAAUUUUUUCCUGUUUUUCCUUACUACUAUAAGUCAUUUAAAAACGGAAUUAAUUUUCUUAGUUGGCCUAAGUCUGUCUCUUGAGAAAGAAGUAAAAUACUUUUAUUUUCAGUAUCCGUAGCACCUCAUAGGUUUUUGUGUACCCUGAAACAAGUUAUGUUGAAAUUAGCUUUUCUUUGUCAUAGUUUUGGACAAUAAAAGCAUUAACACUUGAUUCUCAACUGGGGCCCUUAAAACUUGGAUGGAAGAAAUUCAACAGAAUAUCUAUAUUAGAGUAUAGUCAUGUGUGGUAGGAAGAUGGACUAGUUGAUCAAGAUUUGUUGUCACUUACAUAUUUUGUGAUUUUUUUUCCAAACCAGUUUUUAAAAAUUCUAAAUGUGUUUUGAAGUAUGUGUACAUUAAUUGUAAUGUAAACUAUUAUACAACUGUUUUUGACUUUAUAGGCAGGUAAAUUUUUCUAUUGCUGUUGAAUACAAAUGACCAUUUAUGACCAGGCAAACAGUGUUAAGUGACCACUCAAACAGCGUAAGUAGCCAUUUAGUGCAAAGUAUUAAAACAUCCAUCAUGGAUGUUAACUUUGAAGAUGUAAAUUAUAUAUUGUUUAAAUUUUUCCAGGCAUCUGAAAACCUUAUCUGCUAGACAAUGUAAGAUUCACACAGAGUUAUCUGGGAUUCUGAAAUUUUAAGUAGUACGUAUCAUUAAGCCAUUUUCUCUAAAUGUAAGAAGAGAAGAAAAAAGUUGUUAUAAGAUUAUCAGAUUUUUCUGACACAGAAAUGUAAGAAAAAAAUUCCUUUAUAUUGAAAAAAGAUGAAGUCUUUUCAGACAUGCCCAAACUUUGAGACUUUCUUCAGCCAUCUAAUGCUGUAAAGAUUUUUAUUCACAACCAGUUGUAUAACAGAAAUACUAGAUACUGUUUUCCUUCCUGUGUGUGAAGUAAUGACUCAUUGAUUAUGUGACUUGUUAUGUAUUCAAUUAAACACUAAAGAAUAAAAUAUUCACUCCUUUAA